AUGUCGCCUCAACAAAGUACGCUACAGAAGAAAUCACACCCCACACAGACUGGGGCCGCACCGCACCGCAGUCAACAAAACCCCGAGAUCCUGAUCAGCAUCACCCCAAUGGGAUGUGCCAUGCCUUCUCUCCAACAGCCAACCCCCUCUAAGCCUCCACACCCCUCCCUCUCACCUGCUGUUCACCACCCUGUUUUGAGACGUCUCAAAACCCCCUCCACCCCUCCACGCCCCUCCCUCUCACCUGCUGUUCACCACCCUGUUUUGAGACGUCUCAAAACCCCCUCUACCCCUCCACGCCCCUCCCUCUCACCUGCUGUUCACCACCCUGUUUUGAGACGUCUCAAAACCCCCUCUACCCCUCCACGCCCCUCCCUCUCACCUGCUGUUCACCACCCUGUUUUGAGACGUCUCAAAACCCCCUCUACACCUCCACGCCCCUCCCUCUCACCUGCUGUUCACCACCCUGUUUUGAGACGUCUCAAAACCCCCUCUACCCCUCCACGCCCCUCCCUCUCACCUGCUGUUCACCACCCUGUUUUGAGACGUCUCAAAACCCCCUCUACCCCUCCACGCCCCUCCCUCUCACCUGCUGUUCACCACCCUGUUUUGAGACGUCUCAAAACCCCCUCUACCCCUCCACGCCCCUCCCUCUCACCUGCUGUUCACCACCCUGUUUUGAGACGUCUCAAAACCCCCUCUACCCCUCCACGCCCCUCCCUCUCACCUGCUGUUCACCACCCUGUUUUGAGACGUCUCAAAACUCCCUCUACCCCUCCACGCCCCUCCCUCUCACCUGCUGUUCACCACCCUGUUUUGAGACGUCUCAAAACCCCCUCUACCCCUCCACGCCCCUCCCUCUCACCUGCUGUUCACCACCCUGUUUUGAGACGUCUCAAAACCCCCUCUACCCCUCCACGCCCCUCCCUCUCACCUGCUGUUCACCACCCUGUUUUGAGACGUCUCAAAACCCCCUCUACACCUCCACGCCCCUCCCUCUCACCUGCUGUUCACCACCCUGUUUUGAGACGUCUCAAAACCCCCUCUACCCCUCCACGCCCCUCCCUCUCACCUGCUGUUCACCGCCCUGUUUUGAGACGUCUCAAAACCCCCUCUACCCCUCCACGCCCCUCCCUCUCACCUGCUGUUCACCACCCUGUUUUGAGACGUCUCAAAACCCCCUCUACCCCUCCACGCCCCUCUCACCUGCUGUUCACCACCCUACGUCUCAAAACCCCCUCUACCCCUCCACGCCCCUCCCUCUCACCUGCUGUUCACCACCCUGUUUUGAGACGUCUCAAAACCCCCUCUACCCCUCCACGCCCCUCCCUCUCACCUGCUGUUCACCACCCUGUUUUGAGACGUCUCAAAACCCCCUCUACCCCUCCACGCCCCUCCCUCUCACCUGCCGUUGACCACCCUGUUUUGAGACGUCUCAAAACCCCCUCUACCCCUCCACGCCCCUCCCUCUCACCUGCUGUUCACCACCCUGUUUUGAGACGUCUCAAAACCCCCUCUACCCCUCCACGCCCCUCCCUCUCACCUGCUGUUCACCACCCUGUUUUGAGACGUCUCAAAACCCCCUCUACCCCUCCACGCCCCUCCCUCUCACCUGCUGUUCACCACCCUGUUUUGAGACGUCUCAAAACCCCCUCUACCCCUCCACGCCCCUCCCUCUCACCUGCCGUUGACCACCCUAUUCGCCUCCAGCAUGCCGCACAGCUUCACGCCAACCGGGCUGCAAGGCAAGGCCCUCCCUCCCCUUCUCUCCAACCUCCAACCCCCUCUACCCCUCCCAGUUCCCUUCUCUCACCUUGA